AUGCAGGUGUAUGUUUGGGUGUCGGCGCUCCAGAACAGUGCCAAGCGCUGUGACAGCAUUGGGCAUGCUGCCAAACUGGUGAAAGAUAUUCUGCCAUCUGGCGAUGUGGACCGAUGCCGCACUUUCGUUCGAGCUAUCAAGCUAGUCGUUCAGGGCCUGGACGAGUCGCUGCAUGAACUCCACCACCUCCUGCAAGAGCCGAAUCAGAAGACCGGCUUGGCAUUCAUGUCCUCUCAGAAUCUUUGCAAUCUGCUCCAGGGGGAAACCACGCCGGCUUCCACCAAAGCGUCCUUCUCACUCCUGGAUGGCAUCAAUCUCCUGGACCUGGAUGCCCAGAGUGCCAAAAAGGCCCCGGAAGUGGCCGCCGGUGAGGCGGUGAAGUGGAGCACCAAGGCGCUGCGCGUGUCCUUGCAGCGGAUCGGGGGGCUCAUCGCGGCAGGCUCUGCCUUUGCGGCCCGCGAUUGGCGGGUCCAGGCGCGGGCGUCCGAAGCGGUCACUGCGUCGGACGACCUGGACAUUCCGCUCACCGUGCCGCGGCUGAGGACCUUCCUCUCGGAGCUUUCUGAUGGAAUGGACGAUGACACUGUGUCGUCAGAUGAAAGCUACGAGGUGAACGCCCAGGUCGCCUCAGAAUGGGUCGACGUCGAGAUGGACGCGGAUGCAAAUGAUUCCAACGUGGAUGAGGAACAGCUGAAAGUGCUGAAGAUUACGCAGCACGUUGCCCGCAUGCAGCUAUCUCGUCCUGAAAUGCUCCGGGUGACCUCCGCGAGACAUGUGCUGGGGCGAUGCGGCCAGGGACUCCGUGGCGAUCCGGCACGCAGCGAUCUGUACGGCCUCAGCAGGCAGGUCAAUGACAUCCAUUACGAGCGCAUCCGGGAGGUAGUGCUCCUGCUGCUGGUCUUCAAUGGUCUGCCCGCUCUGCUGAUGGGCACGCUCGCGGUUGUGCUGACGCUCGCACUGCUUGAAGCUCACAGCAUAUGUUCUGGUGAAGCUUGGUACUGCAAUCACGCAGCCAUCAGCACAAGCCUGAGCCUUCCAGUGACCGCUUUGACGUUCCUCUUCUGGCAGUCAAGAAGAGAGGUGUUCCUGGACAAGAUCUGCAUCCAUCAGAUAGAUGAACUUCUCAAGUUGGAAGGUGUGUUGAAUGUGGCCGCCAUGGUGAAACGCUCGAAGUCCAUGCUGGCUUGUUGGGACACCACCUACAUACGAAGGCCUGCAUGCCGAAAUCGGAUUCAGCCAGAACCAUCGAGCAUUAGAGUUAACUUCUGGCAGACAAGCCUGGGUGUCAGCUUGCGGAACUGCGAUAAGCUCUGGUGUGUUCUCGAGAUCGCGGCCUUCUUGCAGAGCCACGAGGAAGAUGCGCCGCUUCAUAUUAAGCCCGUGACAUGGGCCCCCGUCACUGCCAUUCUUUUCUUGGGCUGCUGGUUUAUGUGUCUGAUCCUGCUCUCUGCGAUGGAAGGCUUGUGGGGGAGUGACGUUUGGUUGGGGGAGCCACUCGUCCCAUUUGCCCUCGCGGUCUCGGUGUUCAUGCCGAUUUCCAUACUCUGCUUUUCUUCAACAAGUGCGCUUCUGCGUAGCCAUGUCCGUGCAGUUGAUUCCAUGGUUGAGCAAUUGCGAGCCUUCUCGCUACAGCACGACACGGUCUGCCAUUGCUGCACUGCGAACCAUCUUGAUAAAGAUGGGCAGCGCACUCCCUGCGACCGGCAUUUCCUGGAGGGGAGCAUCCGUUUGUGGUUUGGUUCAGUCGCAGAGUUUGACAUACUCGUCCAACGGCAAGUUCGCGCUGCUUUCGAGCGUAAGCUUGGGGGAUUUCCAGCACCGUACUCUUGGGUGAUUGGAGCCGCGACUCCGAUCGCGUGGUCAAGCUUUUACUACUUCAUCAAACUGAUGACUGAGGGAAGGUAUGCCAUGGCGAUUGCGGAGCUGUGCUACAUCGCGUCCUACUGGCUGGCAGUCAUACCGAUCGGGGCUGUCUUCUGGGCACGCACGGCCAGAUGCCUCCAGACGCAGCGGAACCGGUGGUGGAAGGAGGCUCUGGUAAACAUUGCUUGCUCGUUAUCUCUGGUAGCAGUCUAA